GGAGAUCUGGCCAGUCGAAGCACCCAGGUUGACCCCUGAGCUCCUCCUCGCUGCCUCCAAGGAUACCCGCUGAAGGUGAGGGAGACGGGACGUCCGCACAGGGUUAGCGUUGCCGCCCAUCUUUAAACGCCAUGUCCCGAUUCAGCACCCUGUCGGCCAAUGAGCGGAAGACGCAGGCGGCCGCUAUCUGCCGAGAGGUCCAGGGUUCCAACGGAGACACCAUGGAUCUGGGGAAGAAGCUAUGCACUCCCAAAGACAUCAUGCUGGAGGAGCUCUCUCUGCUGUCCAACAGGGGCUCCCGUCUCUUCAAGAUGCGGCAGAGGAGGUCGGACAAGUACACCUUCGAGAGCAUACGGAACGACGCCAACGUGCAGCUGAAUAAUGAUGUUCCGGCUGAGAACGGGACGGCAGGAGAGGCGAAUGACGCAGAAGCCAAGACACCCCCCAACACACCAGAUAUGAGGAACAGCGCAGACCCGGAAUCCAUCGCCCCAGGCUACGGCGAGCCCUUGAAGGAUAUCCCCUCCGAGAAGUUUAACACCACUGCCGUCCCCAAAUCCUACCACUCCCCUUGGGAGCUGGAGAUCAUCAGUGACCCUGCCCUGGCGGAAACGCUCAAUGCGAAAAUGCCAGCGGCCGAAGCCAAGGCAGAGGGCCCUGACUACAAGAGCUUUAACAGGGUUGCCACUCCGUUCGGCGGUUUCGAUAAGGCCCCCCGGGGGAUAACGUUCAAGCUUCCCGAGGUGGACCUGAACCCCCCCAAGUACCCCGAGCUCCAGGACCCCGCGGCGAAACGGCCCAGCUUCAACCGGACGGCGCAGGGCUGGAUAUCGGACGGCCUGCCCCUCACGCUGCCCGGCACGGGGCUGGAGCCGGCGGAGGUCCCGGAGUCAGACGACCUCUGAGCCAAUCGCCGUGAUCGAUUCCAGCAGACAGACGGCUCACGCGAAACGUGUCACCUCACACCAAACGCUCCCACCCCCCCCCCCCCU